GCGAAGGGACAGCGGCGCCCAGGAGCUCGCGGUCGGUCGGUCGGUCCGCGGGGAGCGGCGGCUCGGCCGACGGGCAAGGGUGACCCGCGGGCGGACUCCGCGCACCUGCCGCCGCCCGCGCCGCGCGCACUCGGGCUUCCUUCCCUUCCUCUGGGCCGGCGGGCGCGAGGCUGAGCAGCGUCCGCCGGAGGAAGAAGGCGCCCUUUCUUCCCGCUUUAGCGCGCUCUGGAGUGGAGCCGCGGCACGAAGAAGAGGCACGCCGCCUGCCCUUCGGUCGCUUCCCCUGCCUGCUUCCUCUCUUCAGGCGCCCCGAUAUCCUCGCUUAUUGCUGCUGUCGUUAUCGCUCGGGCGGCGAGAGGAACCUCCGCUUCCACGGGCCUCCGCCUCGUUGCUGCGCCCGCCCGGCGCCCCGGCUUCUGAGGGAGGGAAGGAGAGCAAGGCCUUCCUCGCCGUUCCAUUGGCGCCGGCGCCGCUCUGCCCGCCUGACAGCAGCCCGCCUGGCCGCCCCGCCCCCGCCGCCGCCUCGGCAAUAGCAACCGCUUCUGCCUGCGCCGCCGGCCUCCCUCAGCCGCUCGCCAUGGCCGGCGCGGGGGCCGCCUCCUCCCCCGCGCCGCCGCCCCCGCUGCCCGCCAUGUCCCUGGCUCGGGAGGCGGCGGCGGAGGAGGACGAGGAGGAGGAGGAGGACGAGGAGGAGGAAGACCCCCCAUCUCGGACCCUGGUGCCCCGCUCCUCCCCGGUGCCCAGGCCCCAGCACCCCACCGCCGGCGGGGGGAGCAGCUCCUCAGGCGACGAGGACGAGGAGCUGCAGCUGCAGCAGCAGCAGCAGCAGCAAGGGCUGCAAGAGCACCGCCAGCCCCCUUGCUUGCCAGGGCCUCUCUGCCCACAACCUCCGGGCCUUGCUGGUCCACUCUCCCAGCAUGCCCAAGGGCAGCAGCCCCCACAGCAUGUCACCACCACCGCUGCCAUGGAGGAGCCCUCCCAGAAUGCUGCAGGCCGGCACGUGCUGUUCGCUGAUGCCCUGGGCCUGCCUUUGGCACACUGGCGGCGCUAUCAGCCUUGGCCACCACCAUCACCUGAAUCUCCCCCUGAGGUGGUGCCACCCUUGGCCUCUUCUCAGCCACCCUCUUCUCCUUCCCCCUACUUUCUGCCAUCUUUUGUGUUGCAACCUGCGGGGCAAGGUGAGGAGGAGAAGCUUGGGCGCCUGCGCCAGGCCAAGGUGGAGCUGGAAGAGUUGCUGCCCCCAGAGCCAGGGGAGCCUCGGCUGUUGCGUGGCAUCGUGCGUGUGCUCAACGUUUCUUAUCACAAGGCUGUGCAUGUGCGGGCCAGCCGAGACCGGUGGCAGAGUCACCGGGACUACCCUGCCCUCUAUAUUCCAGGGGGUUCACCAGAUGGGGGCCUGACUGACCGCUUUGCUUUCCGCCUGGAAUUUGGCGAUAAGGAUGACGAAGAGGAAGAGGAAGGAGGGGCCCGGCUUGACUUUGUGGUGCGGUACCAGACCGAGGAGGGCGUCUACUGGGCUAACAAUGACGGCAGGAACUACAGUGUGAUACUGAAGGGGGCUGCACCUUCCCAGGGUGUGCCAAAGAGGUCUGGCAAAGAGGGCGAAUCACGAAGACUCAAGAGCUGUAUGAGGCCAAUCAAAAUCAGGUCAAGUGAAAACGAGCUGCGAAUAGAGGACAUAGCUCAGACAAUCUGCCCUGAAGAAAAGAAAACUGAUAGAGGCUUGGCCAGUGAAUCCCUAAACCUUCCUGUUCUGCAGCCCCCACUCUCAAUGACACAGAUUCCAGAACUCACAAUCACCACCAACUCCCCAGAAAAGAAGGAACCUUCUAGAGACAAUAUUGCAGAUUUCACCGAUUCCCCACAGGCACUUGCUUUCAAGGUCCAUCCGUCAUCUCAUGAGGAGCUGAAAGUGCCCUGGGGCUUGGUACUGGGAACCGAAACCCUUCCCUUAGGGCAGUGGGAUGUGCCUGAGUUCAGCAAGUGUGACCUCACUACGGAGGGCUCUUUCAUGGAGGAAUGCAUGGAUGAGCAAUUGAGAAGGUACCAAGAGUUGCCCUACCGCUUGGAGGAAGAUGCCAUAGACCGGGAGCUGGAGCAGCUUUACCUGUCCCACUUGAGCCGGCUUCGAGCAGAGGAGCUUGGAGGAAGAGAGAAGUGGGCUGAGGAAGGUGCAGGCAAUCCUAGCAGCCCUGCACCAUCUCUCAUUGCCUUGCGGCAGAGUGUCUUGACUGACCGUGACCUGAUAGUCAACUGGACAGGCCCCGAGAGAGCACUGAACAGCUCCCUGGCAGAGGAGAUUAUGCUGCACUAUGCCAAGCAGCGUGGCGAUGACUCCAGGGACAGUGAGGAAGAAGGAUGCACGCCAGGGUAUGCAACAAUGGCAUCAUCUGAGUUGAUAGGACCAGGUCGAGAUAGUCCACCUGUCCUACUAGAAGGCUGCUUUCUAAACCACCUGGAAGAAGGAAGUGUCCAACGUGGCUUAUCUAGGGACUCUGACUCUCCUGUCAGCUUGAGAGUGGUGUCACCCAACACUUCACGACCUGCCACUCAGGAGGCCAUGGUGAUGCCUCUGGUAGUCCCAGCCCGGACACUAGUGCCCCUUCCACAGCGGCCCACAGAUCUGCUGUCCAGCCCUCUUGGUGCCCAUGGACAGAAAAAGAGUCAGGGCCUCUUGAUAGGGCAAGGCAGCCUUUGGUUGGGUGAGGGGCUUAAUGUCCACAAGCCUCCUGAAGCCAAUCCUGGUUCUCAUAGUGAACUUGAAAAGAUCUUGACACGCUCCCUGCGGUUUCUCAGCCUCUUUGUCUUCCUGCCUGUGGUCUUCAGCAGCUGCAUGCCCCUCGUAGCCAUUAUGCUUUACCUCCUCCUGGACUGGUUCUCAUAGUUUGGCAUCUCUCUCUAUGAGGUGUUGGAAGACCCAUAAGAGGAUUGUCUGCAGCUUGGCUCCAUUCCUGUUUUCUUCUGAACAACCAUGGUUUGAUUGAGAGAAAGAGAGGGCAAGUCAAGUCCUCCUGAGAAAUCAUGGCAUGUCUUAGUUGCGGCUGCUUAUAAUUUUCCAAAGUUUAGUGCACUUUUCUUUCUUUUUGUUUUGUGAAAUCAUUUGAGGAUGAUUUUUAAAAUGCAUUAUUUACAACCACCCAUGAGAAAAUUCCCAGGGCUAGCUCUAAAAGAUGGUAUGGUUGGACACCCCAUGAGUAGCAAAGAGCCUACCAUCUCCAGAACAUAUUGUUUUCCCUUUGCAUGAAACUCCCAAGAAGGGCAAAAGUAAUGUGAGAAAAUUCUUGGGUUGCCCACCCUGCCACUUGAAAGAUAAAGGGACCAACUAAGGCUGUCUUGUCCAAAGGCUUGUCAAACAUUACUGUGUGUAAUAUUUCUAAUUUUUGUCAGAUACGAAUUUGCAGGAGGAGAGCAUUGCAUUUUUCUUCCCUGGAAAUAAAUUUCCUUGUUGGGGUUGGCAGACUUUAAUCUGAAUUUUUAAGCCUUCUCCUUUAUGGUGUUUGGCUUUCAAAGACUGAAAUGCUAAGCAUACAUACCUGGCAGGAGUAAGUCCCGUUAUUUAACAGGAGAAAGUAUACAAUUGCACCUUUAUACUUAAGAGAUGCACUAUGAACAGGUUUCAACUUGUUCCUUGUUUUUUUGGGGGGGGGGGCUUAUUGAAAAGAGAUAAAACUAGGCUCUUUGGAAAAAGGAACAAGCAUUCACAUUUUUAAAGUCUAAUUUAAAUUUACCCAUGUAAGUUUUAUUUUAAUCAUUUUAAAAAUGAAUUCAGUGUAUGCUUACUCUGAACAUAAUACUGCAUAGUAUGGCAACUAGAGUUCUGGGCAGGCUAGAUCUUGGAGGAAUCAUUGGUUAAGAACCAUCCUGAGUCCUUUUAGUUGAAAAUAAUAAUAAUAAUAAUAAUAAUAAUAAUAAUAAUAAUGUCCCUUUAAGCCUUGCCCUUGGCCACCCAUAUGUGACAAAAGAAAAUGGUGAAUGGAGCAGAAAUAAGCUAGCUGCCUCAGUUUCAAGACUGCUUUUUUCAAGGGCUAAAAAUAAAACAAACACAAUAAUAUGAAGAAAAUAUUUGAGUUGAAAUUACCCCACUCCUGCUUAAUACUGAACCAUAGAGAAAGUUUUUAUGGCUCUUCCAGAAAGUAUACAUGCUUGGACUUUUGACAGAUUAUGGCAACCAGUAUACCAAUUUUAUUACUUCUGUUUAAAAAUAACAAGAAAAUGUCCAAACUUAUCCUCAAAAAAACCCUAGAAUUUUUGUAUUCUUGGGAGGAAGGAAAAUUGUAAAUAUUAUUUUUCAAAAUACCUUAGCAUACAGUCCAGCAAGACAUUCUCCUGUGCAAAUGCCAGUGAAAUUAAUAAAAAGCUUCUGUAUUCUUCUUUUUCAUUUCACUGACGUUUCUGCAGGUGAACCUGGAUUGAGCCCUCAGUUCCCAUAAAUUAGCAUUCCUUUUUUCAAAAAGGCAAACAUUGAGAUGCUUUCCAUUCCAAACAAGAUGGUAACCUUUUCGUUGUUCUGUCCACCAAACCCCUGCAGAAUUCAGCCGCUACCAUUCCAGAUGGCCUGUCUAAAAGGUGGUGUGGACCCAUUUCCUUCAUGCCACAAGGGCCACGCCCGUUUUUAAUGAGCACCUCCAGGUGCUGAUUUAAUCUCUGCUUUAAGGACUCCUUUCUGCUCGUGGAUUUACCCGUGCUUCUCUGCCACCAGCAGGGUCCAGUAUAGAGGACUACAGGAAAGCUGCCCUAAACAAAUGGCCCCCUAUUUAUUUUUGUACCCGGUGGGAAAUCCUGACCUUUUCUACCAUAGAACUAACCCUAAGAUAGAGAGUUUAUUUAUUAACCACUAGCAGUGCAAGUCCAGAGUGCUGGGGGUUGAAGAUGAAAAUAAUUUAUUAUAUCCGUGUAUGUGUCUGCAGCAAAACAGUAGAUUGAAAACACUGUCUUCAUGUGCAAUAGGCUAAAUUGGCAUUGAACCUGCCAUGAAAAGACAACCCACUUUCAUGCUGCUAACAUGCUUCAUUACUUCCUCCUGAAUGUUGUACUCUCAACAGCUGCUGUGAUAUAGUUUGUGAGGCCUUGUGGAGGAAGAGGGAGGUGUUUGUGUGGGUUCUGAGGCCACUUCCCUCUGCUGAUCCAAACUUGGCUGUGCUUUCUCAUCCAAUGGCAAAUACUCUCAUCUAGGGAAUGUAGGUAUUUUUUGAAGGUGGAAUGUUGCUUGUGCUUCGUGAAUGGAGAUUGGAGUCCAGUCCUGAUUUUACAGUCAUCGGUGGAAAAAUCUGUAUUCACCAAACAGAAGCUAAGUUCAGAAUGUAACUAACAGCUACAGUGCGCUCUGUGUGUGUGUGUGUGUGUGUGUGUGUGUGUGUGUGUAUCUUUGUUGAGUUGUCCCAAGGUUAUGGUCUGUGUCCUUCCCAGGGACGUAGGAAGGGGAGGCGGUGGGGACGGCCCACCCCUGCUGCCCUCACUGAGGGAGGUGGCAUUUGGCGCACUGCCCACCCGCCCACAAGUCCCAAGCCAGCCCUGAGCCGUUGGGGUGAGGCGAGGAGCUGUGCCGCUUUGCCGACGGCAUUCCCCCCUUCCCCUUUCUUUUUGACAGCUUGAGGGAGGCUUGGGAGUUGUGGGUGGGCGGCGUGCCAAAUGUCCACCAUGUAGCAGCAACAAAGAGACAACCACGGUGAUGUUGGUGAAACAAUGAAAAGGUAAACCACCGUGAGGUGCACCCGAGCAGCUAUCCUGCGCCUGGGAGGGCACCCUCCGCGCCACACCCUCCUCAGGAGCACACCUGUCCUGGGCAGCACAGGCAUGUGCACCACUGGUCCUUCCACCACUGGUUUCUCUUCUGCCUUAGCCAACCUGUCUGCUUCCCCUCCUGGGGACCUAUUGCUUAUGCAAAUGUGUCUGAAGACACCAGUUCCGUCUCACAACAGUCUUUUGAGCCAUCUUUUGGCUGAAACGCAUGUGCCACUUCCAUUCAACACAUCUGCAGAAGCAUUAGGUAAAGCCAGAGGCAUUCUUGCAAUGAGACAAGGUGAGGUGGCUGCUUCAGGUGGAAGGUUUUGGGGCAGUGGGAGGCAGACAGAUUUGAGUUUAUAACAUAUAAUCCAACAGGGAGAUCUCCACAGAAGUGUAUCACUUUAGGAGAACUUCCCAGUGGAAUGUGUCCCAUGUUAAUUUAUACUGAGGGAGGAAGUACCUUUGAAUUUUUCUGCAUUAGGCACCAAAACAUCUUGCAACUGUCUAGGUGAAAACUAAGGCUAGUUCUCAUGUUACAAUGCAAGGCAUGCUAUGCUAUGCUGCCUCAUUUUUUAAAACCAUUUUUAGGCCAGGUUCUUACUCAGAAAUGCAUCUGGGUUGUUCCAUUUUAGACUUCAGUUAGAUGUAGGGCUUACAUGAUUGAAUUCCCCUCUGUCUAAAACUGCACAUAGAAAACUAGCACAUAAUAACAUUUUUCCUUACAUGCCAGUUUCCUUGUGCAGAGAUUUUUUAAAAAUUUUGUUUGAAGAAAUGCUUGGUUAUAAAAGUUCUCACCUGCAGUCUGAUGUAGGUGCAGCUUAGAUGCUGGUUUACUACCUCAGUAAGAACCUGGGUCUGAGUGUGUUAACAACAGCAAAAAAGGGUGGAAUCAGCAUUCAUACAUGGAACUGCUGCCUCACUUUGCUUCUGCCAUGUGCUGCCUAUAACCCCUCACCAACUAAGUUGUCACUUUAUAAGAGUCAGUGGUUUCUGCUCUCUGAACAGCAUAAUAAUACUGUAAUAAUCAACCCAGCAGGAACUGUAUAAAGUUUCAGAUAACCUUUACCAUGCAUAUCCAAGAAUGUCCUGGAAAGUGUGCAUAUUAAAACAGGUUAACUUGUUAUUAAUAGGCACCCUUGUGCCUUUGUCUAUAAUGUGUGUAAAAGCUGUAACUGGCAUUGACCUCUUCUGAAUCCUGAAAUGUACAGGUUAGAGACAACAAGCACAGAAAAGCAAGUCUCAAAUUAUUGAGGGAGGCAGUUCCUUCUGUGUGUUCAAGGGAUCAUACAUGUUGUCCCAUUUCAUCCUCACGACAACCCUCUGAAGGUAGAGGUCAGUACUUGCCCAAGGCCAUCCAGUGAGUAGGGGUUAAUUUGGGCUUCCGAAGUGGAACCAUCAAUCAUAGAAUCUUAAGAGUUGAAAGGGACCCAAGGGUCACCUAGUCCAACCCCCUGCAAUGCAGGAAUCUCAGCUAAAGCAUCCAUGACAGAUGGCCAUCCAACCUCUGCUUAAAACCCUCCAAGGAAGGAGAGUCCACCACCUCUUGUAGGAGUCUGUUCCACUGUCGAACAGCUCUUACUGUCAUAAAGUUUUUCCAAAUGUUUAGUCACAAUCUCCUUUCUUUAAACUUUAAGCCAUUGGUUCGAGUUCUAUCCUCCAGAGUAGGACAAGACAAGUUUGCUCUCUCUUCCAUGUGACAGCCCUUAAGAUAUUGGGAAAUGGCUAUCAUAUCUCCUCUCAUUUUCCUCUGGUCCAGCCUAAACAUACCCAACUCCCUCAACCAUUCCUCAUAAGGCUGUGUUUCCAGACCCUUAAUCAUCUUGGUUGUCCUCCUCUGCACAUGUUCCAGUUUGUCAACAUCCUUCUUAAAUUAUGGUGCCCAGAAUUGGACACAAUAUUCCAUAUGUGGUCUGACCAAGGCAAAUAGAGUGGUACUAUUACUUCCCUUUAUUUGGACACUAUACUUCUGUUGAUACAACCUAGAACAGCAUCAGCUUUUUUUGCUGCUGCAUCAGAUGGUUGCCUCAUGUUAAGCUUGUGGUGCAGUAAGACCUCUAGAUCCUUUUCGCAUGCACUGCUAGUAAGCCCAUCCUAUAUUUGUGCAUCUGAUUCUUCCUGCUUAAGUGCAGGACCUUACAUUUGUCCCUAAUGAAAUUCAUUUUGUUAGCUUGCGCCCAGUUCUCCAAUCUGUUAAGGUCAUUUUGAAUUCCGAUUCUGCCUUCUCCGGUACUAGCUACCCCUCCCAGUUUGGUGUUAUUUGCAAAUUUGAAUUUGCAGAUUUCAAUUCCUUCAUCCAAGUCAUUUAUAAGGACGUUGAACAACAACCAGCUCAGGACAGGACCCUGUGGCACCCCACUGUUUACUUUUUUCCAGGAUGACAAUAUUAUUACUGUUGCUUUGGCUCCCUUUGCUAGAAGAAUGUUUUGUCAUCCCACUAGGGAGAAUAAUGUGGUGACAUAGAGAUGGAUAAAGGGACACACAUACAACAUGUUUCUGAAGGCACAUGAAGCUACCACCUUCUUGAAGCUAAGUGGAUCUAGGUCUGGUCAGUGGCAGGAUGAGUGACUACCUGAGAAUUAUAUCUAUGCCCUUUUGGGUUCCAUGGUGGAAGAAAGGUGGAGUAUAAAUGUAAGAAGAUAAUCAAUCCAUAUUGGAUGAGCUAGGAAAAACUGAUAAUAUUUAUUGUCCCCUGUCAGUAGGAUUGCAGGGAAGUGUGUCAGGGUCUGGGUGUUGUGCUUAUUUUGAGAUGGGCUCACACUAAGCAUUGUGAGAGCUGCUACUCUGGUGGAUGAUAGUGUAUGGUGAAUUGGGAAGUCUAAAUCUCACCUCAGCUACUAUAAUUAGUUAUUAAAUUCAUAUACCACCCUUCAUCCAUAGAUCUCAGGGUGGUUCGCAAUAUAAAAAUAUAAGAUAAAAACACAAAAUACACACAAAUCAGUAACCCCACCCCACUAGAUUGUCAUCUCUUACUGCCCCCACUGCCUGCAAUACUGCCUUAUUUUACAGGGUUGUUGGAAGCAUUACUGAGAUUAUAUACAUGAAGUUCUUUGAGCAUGCAGAAAAAGUGGUAUUUCUGUGGCCCCAAUCUAUUUAAAACUAGUUGCCCUUAUUGAAA